ACGUCACUCCCCAUGUUGGUUCCUCCUCCAGCCGGUAAGCCCCAGCUCAAACAGAGAAAAUUGUUCUACAAGAGAUUUCUCUGUACAUCUGCAGUUCCAAGAACAUCCCUUUACAGAAGACAAGUUACUGAAAAGAUUUGUCUUGCAGAUCAUAGUAAUGCAGAUACUUACCAAGAAGUGGAUGGAGAUAGACAGGAGGACAGAGAGGAAGAUGGUGGAAGUGAACAUGAUGACAGAGAGGAAAAUAGGGGAAAUGGACGAGAGGACAGAGAGGAAAAUGGCAGAAUUGGACAAGAUGACAGACAGGAAGAUAAUGGAACUGGACAAGUGGACAGAGAGGAAGACGAGCAAGAUCAAAUAAAGAUUCAAGAUUCAUUGCAGAUUAUCUUGGCUGAGGGAAUCCCUGGAGGGAGCUCAUCCUCUGAGUCCACCCCCCAAGACACAAGUGCCUUUAUAAAAUAUUCUGAUGGUACUAUCUGCCUGGUGGAGCCCCACUCGCCACAACAGACCUUGUAACUUUAAGUAGGCAAUACUCCAAAGAUUUUACCAAAUGGUAGUUUAGGUAUACUGAAACAUAUCACUCAUCUAGGAUGAAGAAGAUUAGGAAACCGUGUCUGCUGCCUUUACGGAGGGGGAUCUAGAAAGGCCUGUAGAGCAUGGCUGGGCAGCAGCAGGAGAGUCCCUCAACUUCACACAGUAAACACCAGAGGUUCAUUCUGUGGAAUUCAUGUGCAGCUGUAUAAUUAAAUGUCCUCCUUAUGUAUUCCCAGUAUUGUAUUUGUAGGAAAUAAAGAAGACCAA